GUUCAGACCCUGUAGUCUCCAAUAUUAACCUUUUAAGUAUUGAAGCAUAAUCUAUGUAUGUCAUCAUGACAUGUACAAAUUUCAAAUAUGUAAGGUGGCCUUCAUUUGAAAGGAAGCAUAUAAGCAUACCAUACAACGAUCCAUCCAUCAUCUCUCCCACUAACUCGAUUAUCGGAAUGAUCCCUAUUAUUGUCUAUUUAUCCUCUCCACCCUUUCUCUUAUGUGCUUUAGAAGGCACUCAAGGAUAAUGAUGCAUCAUAAACCAUGAUUUUGAAAGAUUCAUCAUGCCAAAACUCAAGGGAAAACCAAGUAGUGACUCGACUAGGAAAUAAUCAAUGCAAACCAUAUUGCUAUUAUAGUUAGGGUAAUGAGAGGCUAUCUCCUAUGGCCGAAAGUCACUAAUUAACCGGCUGAUGAUGAACUAUGAUUCACUUAAACCGUAUUUACAACUCAAGAUAGUCAUAUUUUACUGGACAACAUGUUUAAUUUUGAUAAUUAUGAUUGUCGACUCAAUCAUUGUAACACGUGAAUCAAGAUACGUGACAAGCUCGGUAACUGUGGAACCCCGUCAUUUCGAAGAAGCUUCCAGUAAGGAAGAAGAGGGGAAAAAAAGUGUUGUGGUGUAUGGGAUGUCAAGAAAAGGGAAUGAUCGAUGUUCAUUGCUACGACCCAUGAGAGGCAUAUGGCCUUUCUUGGAUGCACUUUUCCUAACAAACGAUGAUGUUACUUGGCCUUUGGAAGAGAGGAUUAAACAGUGGAGCUAUCACUUCUUCUAGGGCAAAGGAGAGGAAUAAUAUGUCAUAAUAAGCACAUUCAUGAUUCUGUUCCUUUCUUUUUCAGUCCCAUUUACUUCUCCUUUCUUUCAUUUCCAGUCACUGAGGAAAAGGAGGUUGAUGCAGAGAUUUGUAAAAGUUGCUCACAUUUCCAAUGAAAAAUACUGCCUUUAUUAAUGAAAAAAAGUUAAACCACUUUACAUUAAUAUAUUUUUCUAAAUUUUAUUUAUACAAGCAAACAACUCGAAAACACAAACCAGAUGUGCAAUAAGAUCGAGCAUCUGGAAUCAGCAAGGUGUGAGAGCUUUCAUAGCUUGAGAUCUGACAAUCCAAUCGACAAGAUAAUUAAUCGAUAUGGGGGCACAAACAAAUGAGGUUCGUGGAAUUCUGAAUCUCGUUCACGCAAAGUAUCAAAUUGUGACGAUCCUUAACAAUCGUCCGAAAUCGAGUGGACGAUGGACAGUAGAUUUUGAGCCAGAGCAACUCCCUCUCAGAGAAAAAAAAGGGACCCCAUAUUUUUGCUCCGGCAACCGUUGAUAAACGAAGAACGAAUUUGAAAUCCAACCACAUAGAUCGAUUUCCAAACAUAUAAUAAUUACAAAAUUUCGAAUUUCACGAGAUUUUAUAAUUUGUUUUGUAAUCGUGAAACCAAACCCAUGAUAAAAUGCAAAAGGAAGUAACUUUAUACACUAAAAACCUCCAAAUAUGAAUCUAUAGUGAUUGAUUCAUACUUUAACCCCAAACAACCACAUGACUCACUCUGACUCUCCUCCUCCCCCCCCUAUAAAUUGCCACUACCUCCAAAAACCCUUACCCCAAAACACAAGAAAACUACUUCUUCUUACUCAUUCUCCUCCUCCUACCAAAACCAUGGCACCACACUCUGCAACCUCCAUCCUCAUCCUCCUCACCAUCUUCAUCUCAUCCUCUCCAACCUUCAUCACCAGAGCCAGAGCACAAGGCAGGGCGCCCCACGGCCUGGCCUACGAGGGCCCCGUCGCCUUCUCCCCAUCAGCAGUCGAGUUCUUCCACCCCAACAACAACAACCAGCUCCCCGCCGUCACCAGCGGCCACCCGGAGGCCGCUCAGCUCGCCACCGCCGCCAAGACCAGCACCACCAAUCCCGACGAACAGAGCAAUGUGGCCAGCUCGAGGUCCGGCCAGAGGAGGAGUGGGCUGGGUGCAGGGGCGAUUGCAGGGAUCGUGUUUGGAGUUGGGUUUGCUGUGUUCAUGGCCAUGGGUGCGUUCUAUGUGGUGAGGGCUCGUAGGGCCAAUUUGAGCAAGGCCAGCAACUCUGUUCAGCCACAGGUUUAGGAGGUUGGGGUUAUUAGUAGUUAGAGCAUAUUGUAUGAUUAGGUGGUGAGGUUUCAUUAGUGUGUUUUUUGUUGUUGUGGUGUUGGUAUUAGGAGUGAGUGGGGGAAUGGACUUUGGUGCCACAAUGUUUGUUAUCAUCAUGAUCUACCUACUAUUGUAAGCGUGUUCGGAUAAUUUCGUGUUAUUGUUCGUGAAAAAAUGGUCGAUUCCUGUGCAGAAUCUCUGAGCGAGUACAGAAUUUUUUUCCGAGAAAUAAAGACAAUAGUAAUCAAAUCGCAUUUCAAUC